CCUGCCUGUUACGCGAAUGCAGUAAGAAGCCAAGGUCACGAGUCUGUUCAUCGUCUACUGAAGAUGGAUCCAAUGGAUAAAUAUGGGACAUAUGAAAGCAGUGGUCAACCAGAAGAGCUUUUUGAUCACUCACUGCAUUGGAGUGAGGUUAAAGAGGAGGCUGAAGAAUGUCCGAUUUCAGCUGUGUCGUUAGGAGUUGAAACAUCCCAGGUCUGUCAAAAGGAGGACCCUGAUGAACAAGAUCCCUCAUUUAGCACAGUUUCAGACAUCUAUGGAGUCACAGAGCAAGAGCGUGGACAUAAAGGCAUGACAUAUCUCAAAGUAAAGGUGCUGCCUUCUCCAGUCCCAGUCAAAGAGGAGUCUGAAGAAUGCUCCAUUCUGCCAGUAGAUGAAGAGGAAGUUGCCUUAAUUACAGUGAAGAAAGAAGAGAAUGAAGACUGGUUGAAGUCAGAAGAUGAGGAUGUUGUGAAAGUGCCAGUGCCUUGGGAACCAUUGGAAACAUCAUCAUCAUGCUCAGAUACAGAGGACAGUGAGAUGGAAAGUGAUAAUGUGAAAGACUGUGAAAACCAUGAGAGUGACAUUUCAGGAGGUUUAAAGAUUGAAGAUUGUAGCAGGAUUGAUCCAGUGAUGAUGCCAGUUACAGAUGUGAAAGCUAAUGCUGUCGAUUUCAGUGAAUCUAAAGGGGGGUCCUCCUUCUACCCAUGCCCCCAUUGUACACUUGGUUUCACCAUAGAACGUUUUUUCCAUGGGCAUCUCAAGAGGGCCCACCCUGAAGAGUACAUUGCUCUGCUGAAGUCUGGGGAAAUAAUAGCAACAAAAAAGAAGUGUUCACAGCUGCCCCCAGCCACAUGCCCGCAAUGUGGCAAGAGCUUCUCCAAUAAAUAUGUUAUGGAAAAGCAUCAGAGGAGUCAUACAGGAGAGAAGCCAUAUCACUGUGCAGACUGUGGGAAGAGCUACGUCUUUGCUGAUUCACUCAAAAAACAUAAAAAAAGAUGUGGGAAAGGAUUCCGAAGACAAACCCAUCUGACCAGCCAUGAAACGAUCCCCACAGGAGAGAGACCAUAUAAAUGCUCUCAGUGUGGAAAAGGAUACCGAACACCAGCCAGUCUAAAAGCACACCAGAAAACCCACCCAGGAGAAAAGCCUUAUCAGUGCUCUCAGUGUGACAAAUGUUUCGGCUUUUCCAGAGACCUUAAGAGACACAGAUGGACUCACACUAGUGAGAGACCAUAUAAAUGCUUUGAGUGUGGCAAAGGAUUCGUCGAACAAACCCAACUGACUAGCCAUGAGCUUAUCCACACAGGAGAGAGACCGUAUAAAUGCUCUCAGUGUGCAAAAGGAUACCGAAGACCAGCCCAUCUAAAAAGACAUAAAAUGACUCACACUUAAUGAUUGCCUCAGGGGUAAGAAGUAAUUCUACUGGCUGGAAGAUUUGAUAACUUGGAACUUUGAUAUGCCUGUAGAGUAUAUUAACUCUGGAACUUUGAUAUUCCCGUAGU